CAGUCCAUAAUCUUCACUAUAAAGACCGCACUUUAACCCCACUCCGUUGUCUCCGCAAAACCGCCUCACUGCGAAUAAUCCAACGACAAACAAUUCAUUGGUCCACGAGCUUGUGUUCUUCUACUUUUCGUUUACUUAUAUCCUUACAACAGAAUUAGAGAGCAACCAUGUCUACUGUCGCGCAAAAACGUCUUUUCCACGAGUACAAGAACCUCUCCACCAACCCGCCAGAUGGCAUCACCGCCGGCCCCGUCACUGAAGAUGACAUGUUCCAUUGGGAAGCCCUGAUCGAAGGUCCACAAGGCACACCUUUUGAAGGUGGUGUUUUUGCUGCCGAGUUGAAGUUUCCGAAAGAUUAUCCGUUGAGUCCGCCGACGAUGAAGUUUGUGGGCGGAGGAGUUUGGCAUCCUAACGUGUAUCCCAACGGAACCGUUUGUAUUUCCAUUCUUCAUCCUCCCGGUGAUGAUCCGAACCACUAUGAGCAUGCGUCGGAGCGGUGGUCACCUAUCCAGAGCGUUGAGAAGAUUCUUAUCUCGGUCAUGAGUAUGCUUGCUGAGCCAAAUGACGAGAGCCCUGCCAAUAUUGAGGCGGCAAAGAUGUGGAGAGAACGGAGGAGCGACUAUGAGCGCAAGGUUCGUGAUGAGGUACGGAAGGGUUUGGGACUGUAGGUGUGUUCUCCUAUUUGCUGAGUUGGAAUAUGAUGGAGAGACAUGGUACCUUUUCAUUGUACCGAACUUGUGCUUGUAGCCCUCUCGCUGGCGCAUGGCAUAGCUUGGUAUGGAUGCAUGCAUCUGUCUUUGGUUGGUGGUGGGGCCA